CUCUAAAUGAAUGCCUUCGGGAAGCCUCUUCAAAUUUACACAAUGCUUAUGGUUAAGUGAAAUAAGUUUCUUGAGAAGUGAAAUGGAGGAUGGUAGCUCUUGGAUCGCUGUCUUGUCACAGUACAGCUCUUCUAAGCAUUCCAUUUCUCCCAAUUCAUCUGGUAAUUUCUCAAACUUGGAACAACCAGAGAGAACCACAGCUUUCAGACCUUUCAAUCUACAAAUGCUACUUGGAAGGUUUGCAAGAUGCUUGCAAUUGCUUACAUCUAUUAACCUUAGGUUCGUGAGGCGCUCGAUUGAUGAUGGUAGCUCUUGGAUCGCUGUCUUGUCACAGUACAACUCUUCUAAGCAUUCCAUUUCUCCCAAUUCAUCUGGUAAUUUCUCAAACUUGGAACAACCAGAGAGAAUCACAGCUUUCAGACCUUUCAAUUUACAAAUGCUACUUGGAAGGCUUGCAAGAUGCUUGCAAUUUCUUACAUUUAUUAACCUCAGGUUUGUGAGGUACUCGAUUGAUGAUGGCACUUCUCUUAUAGCGGUAGCCCCAGCAUGUACUUCUAACAAGCAAUCCAUGGGAGCUGCAAUUUUUGGAAAAUUUUCAAGUUUCAAGCAGCCUGAAAGGGUCAUUCUCUCAAGCUUUUCUAAAUGAAUGCUUUUGGGAAGCCUCUUCAGAUU